AUGGCUAAUGUUCUUCCUGAUUAUCUGACAAAUCCAGGAAAUGCAUACUUCCUGCAUUCAGGUGAAAAUCCUGCAUUGAUUCUUGUAUCCAAUCUUCUUGAUGGAAAGAACUACUAUUCAUGGUCCCGUGCAAUGAAAAUGGCACUUCGCUCAAAGAAUAAACUGUGUUUUAUUGAUGGCACAAUACCAGUCCCUGCUUCCACGGAUGCAAUGUAUGAUCCUUGGCAAAGAUGCAAUAUGAUGGUGCUUUCUUGGAUCCAUCGCUCAAUAAGUGCAAACAUUCUGCAAUCGGUCUUGUGGACAGAAAAUGCAAUAGAUGCGUGGAAUGAUCUUUAUCAAAGAUUCUCACAGGCAGAUGCUUUUAGAAUUGCAGAUCUUCAAGAGGAGAUUUAUCGUGUUCAACAAGGUGAACGUUCUGUUUCUGAUUUUUACACUCAAAUUAAAGCACUAUGGGAUGAAUUUGAAACCUUACAACCUCUCCCAACCUGUACGUGUACUGUGCCAUGUGGAUGUGGCCUAUCAAAUCGAGUAAGAGAAGGAAGAGAAAAAGAUCGAGCUAUCAGAUUUCUUAGAGGACUCAACGAACAGUUCAUGAACGUGAGAUCUCAAAUCAUGCUUAUGCGUCCACUUCCAUCCGUAAAUGAAAUCUUUUCUUUAGUUAGUCAACAAGAAAGACAGCAAAAUUCUGAAUCUCAUUCAGAAUUAAAUCAAGAAUACAAAGUUCUUACUAAUGCUGCAGUUCAACAAAGUUUCAUAACUGAUGUUGGAACCAGUAACUCUAGAAAUUACAUGACUGGUGCUGAAUCCAGUAAUUCAUUUGUGCCUCGUGGUGGCAAUUUCUUUCGAGGUCGUGGACGUACCAAUGUUAAUGGUAGAGGUCGUGGAAGCAAGUUGUGUACAUUCUGUGGAAGAACAAAUCACACUGUGGAAACCUGUUUUGAAAAACAUGGUUAUCCACCAGGCUUUAAGCAAAGAAGCCAAAUUCGAACUGCUAACAUGGCAAUGCAUGAAGCAGAUGAUGGAGACACCAGAGAAUUGAAGAAUAACUCUGAAGUGUUUUCUCAAAUGCAGUAUCAAAGAAUUCUGGAUAUGAUUCAAUCCUCGAUGAGUGUUCCUAAUGACACACAUGCCUCCAAUCUUGUCCAUGCUGAUCACACUUCUUCUGCAAAUGCUUCUGCCAAUGCAACUUUUGCUCAUGCUGCAGCCAUCCAACCCACAACCUUUAAUUCUACAAAUUCCAAUAUCACUCCAUCAGGUAACAUCAACACUAGGUGGGUUAUAGAUACCGGAGCAACGGAUCAUAUAACUCACCUUUCUUCCCUCUUUAAUACCCUUACUCCAAUUAAUCCUAUUUCAAUUACACUACCCAAUGGUUCCAAGGUUUUUGCAAAAUCUACUGGUACUAUUCACUUGACAGCAGACCUUAUCCUCCAUAAUGUACUUUUUGUUCCUGAUUUUCAUAUGAAUACCAGGAAGAUGAUUGGUAUAGCUAAAGAGGAAGAGGGAUUAUUCAUCAUUGAAGCCCCUACCCAUACUCAUACCAACACAACUACUCUCAAUUUCAAUUCCUCAAAUAAAGAAUCUGUCCUAUGGCAUCUUAGAUUAGGACACAUCCCUGAAACUACUUUGAAGUAUAUGUCAUGUCAAUUCCCUUUCAUUCCAAAUAAAGCUGUUGUUCCUUGUGAAGUCUGCCAUUAUGCAAAACAGAAAAAGUUACCUUACUGUUCCAGUGUAACAAAGUCUUUACAUGCUUUUGAACUCAUACAUGUAGAUAUAUGGGGACCAUACAAGAUCCCCAGCAUUCAAGGAUAUCGUUACUUCCUUACUAUAGUAGACGACUACUCUCGUUUCACUUGGACGAUUUUCAUGCGAAAUAAACAUGAGACUCGAAGUCAUUUGCAGAGUUUUAUCAGUUUAAUUCGUAAUCAAUUUAACAUCACUGUUAAAAAGAUAAGGAGUGACAAUGGUAUGGAAUUUGAAAUGUCCACUUACUAUCAACACAAUGGUAUAAUCCACCAAAAAUCAUGUGUUGAAACUCCUGAACAAAAUGGAGUGGUCGAACGAAAACAUCAACAUAUUCUUAAUGUUGCUAGAUCACUUCUAUUCCAAGCAAACCUACCACUCCAAUUGUGGUCAUAUUCUGUCUCUCAUGCAGUCCAUCUAAUAAAUCGAAUUACCACUCCUCUUUUAAAUCACAGAACCCCAUAUGAAGUGUUACAUGGUUCACCUCCUCUUUUGACUCAUCUCAAAGUUCUUGGUUGCCUGUGUUUUGCAAGUUCUUUAGUAAGUCAUAGAACUAAAUUUUCAUCUCGUGCUCACAAAUGUGUUUUUCUAGGAUUUAGAGAUGGAACAAAAGGGUUUGUGCUUCUGGAUCUUUUAUCUCAUAACAUUUUUGUUUCUCGAAAUGUUAUAUUCCAUGAGCUAUCCUUUCCUUUUACUGCUUCACAUAAUCAUACAGAUAUCAAUUCUGUUUUUCCUACUCCAUCUACUAUAAUUGAACCUUUUACUGUCAUUUCUGAUGAUUCACAUAUACCAUCACAUCAUGUCAUUGAUCAACCUGGCUCAAAUCAACCACAACCUGCUCAACAACCUAUUGUUGGGAGACCUGUUAGACAACGACAUCUUCCAUCAUAUCUCAAUGAUUUCUACUGUAAUCUCUCUUCUUCUGCAGCAAUCACACCAUCGGAUUCCACAGGCUGUCAAGUAUGA